AUGAGCGAGUCCGAUGGAGACUUCCACCCCAUAGAGCUAGCUGCACACCUGCUUCUCCUGGGUCCUCUUGACAGUCUCAAUGAAAACUUUCUUCAGUUGCACAGGCUGCAGCACGUUUUGCUCACUCGCCUCAAGAUGAUAUCUGAAAGAUUGGAUAAGAUCGAAAGUGGUUAUGGGGAGGGAAUUGCUGGAAAUGACGUGACGGCGGCUCAGCAGCAGAUCAAGGCUGUGAAGAAUAAGCUUCAGGAAGCACAGAAACGGUUGCUGGUCGUUGAGAAGAGAGUGGGGUCCCUUGAAAGGUGA